GAGCGUCGGGGACAGGCAAUUGCGCUUGCGUCAACGGUGAGCGCCACCGGAACCUUGACAAGCAGCAUGGCUGCGGGUUGUUCGGAGACGCAGCGGCAAAAGGCGGCUUCUGAUGGGUCUCUGGUAGGGCAGGCUGGCGUCCUACCUUGCCUAGAGUUGCCGACUUAUGCCACUGCUUGUGCGCUGGUGAACAGUCGCUACUCAUGCCUGGUGGCCGGGCCGCACCGAAGGCACAUCGCUCUGUCGCCCCGAUACCUUAACAGGAAACGCACUGGCAUUCGAGAGCAGCUGGAUGCGGAGCUCCUGCGCUAUUCUGAGAGCCUUUUAGGUGUCCCUAUUGCAUAUGAUAACAUCAAAGUUGUGGGAGAACUGGGAGAUAUUUAUGAUGAUCAAGGACACAUUCAUCUUAACAUCGAAGCCGAUUUUGUUAUUUUUUCCCCUGAACCAGGGCAAAAGCUUAUGGGUAUAGUUAAUAAAGUGUCUUCUAGCCACAUUGGCUGUUUAGUACAUGGCUGUUUCAAUGCCUCCAUUCCUAAACCUGAGCAGUUGUCAGCUGAGCAGUGGCAAACCAUGGAGAUAAACAUGGGUGAUGAACUGGAAUUUGAAGUAUUUCGUUUAGACUCAGAUACUGCUGGAGUAUUCUGCAUUCGGGGAAAACUAAAUAUCACAAGUUUACAAUUCAAGCACUCUGAAGUUUCUGAAGAAGUUACAGAAAAUGGCACCGAGGAAGCUGCUGAAAAACCUGCUAAGAAGAAAAAGAAAAAGAAGAAAGACCCAGAGACGUAUGAAGUAGACAGUGGUACUGCCAAGCUAGCAGAUUUUGCAGAUGACACUCCAAUGGAAGAGUCAGCCCUGCAGAAUACUAAUAAUGUGAAUGACCUCUGGGAGGAGGAGCCAAAGAAAAAGAAGAAGAAGAAAAAUAAAAAGGAAGAUCAGGACCAGGACCCUAGUUUCCAAGGCAGUGACUCCAGUGGUUACCAAAGUGACCAUAAAAAGAAAAAAAAGAAAAGAAAACACAGUGAAGAGGCUGAAUUUACCCUACCUUUGAAAUGCUCACCAAAGAAAAAAAAGGAAAAGUAAUUUUCUUUAGUGUAUUUUAAAUAUGAUUCCGUUUUCAAAAGACAGAUACACAUACAAUUGAUGAAUAAAUGUUUUGAGUGAUAUGAAAUGCUUAAGCAUACCAGUAGUUUACAGAAGAGAAAAUAAGUUGGAGGCAGCUUGAUGUGCUUAAAAUGAUAAAACUGACUGUACAUUAAUUUGGGGAAAACCAGUAUUGUUAAAGUGCCAUUUCAUACAAAAUAAAAAGCUGCUCUUACUGUCAACUCUCA